UUAGUAAAGCACUAUUUGAAUAAUAUCUUGAAAGUUAUCAAAGGUGGGUAGAAAGGGAGGUGAAGUGAUGAUUGACUGAAUUAAUGUGAUGGAACAAACAUACACACACAUACACACAUACACACACCAGCACAAAGAAUAAGCUCAUACCUAAAUCUACUUAAAAAACACUCUACAGUUCCCAUUUAUAGACAAAUACUCAUGCCCAACCUCCACACCACUUACAGAAAUCAUUAUAAAAAUCAUGAGAAACCAGACCAGAGGAUCCAGAGGAUCCCAGACCCAGGAAUUUCACACUACUCCACUAAAUCAAAAGCUUCUAAAAUAGAGCUGCACUUUCUAUUAACUUCAGAUCCUUGUAUGCUAAAUAAUGCACAUUAAAUAUAUCUUGGAAUCAUUAUGUUCAUAUAGACAGUUGUUGUUUUCCUUUACGUUCGUAUGCAGUACAGAUAUAGCAGGAUUCUUUUAUAUCCUGUGCCAUUUCUGGAGCCUGUUUGCCAGUCCUGCCCUGCCGAGAGACACUGGCACAUGAAGAAAGGGAGCAGGAUUGGGAGGAAAGAAAGAUGAGACGGAGUCGGAUACUUUCGAGAUGAAGUUUGCUCGCGUCAUUCCCUGCAAAUGCUGUCUCUUUGUUAGAAAGGGCUUAGAGCUGAUGAAGAAAUCUCAAGGGGGAAAACAAAAUGGCAAAAUAAUUCAGCAGGGGUACAUGGUAAUAAUAACAAAAACCAAUCCAACCAUUCAGAAGAGGACAGAGGAGAGGAGACAGAAGGGAACAUUUAAAACUCAGAGGAGGAACAACAUGUGACUAUUUUACUGUCAGAGAACAGCAAACAAACCAGGACUGCUAUCUCUCUUAUGGUUUAGUUUGUAACCAUUUAGAGUUUCAUUUUGGGUCAACUGUGUGCUUUCUAGUUGAUACGCCAGGAAGACAUUUGUUUUUGACUUUGUGUGCUGAUGCAGGUCAACAGCAUGACUCAGCUUUGCCUGUGCGUCUGUAUAUGCAUGAGCGUUUGGCUCCACACUUCCCUCGGGUUGCCACCCCAGCACCGAGGGUGGCUGCGGCUGUGGGAGGAGGGCGAGGGCUGUAGGGAGUGCAACCAGCACCUCUGCCCUUCAGUCCCCGACAACUGCCCUGCAGGUCGGGUGCACGACGUCUGUGGAUGCUGUGAACAAUGUGCGAACGUGGAGGGGCAGCAGUGUGACCCAGAUGGGGCUCAGAAGUUCUAUGGCCGCUGUGGAGAGGGCCUGGUCUGCAGGAGGAAAAUACCAAAGGGGGGACACAGGGCUGAGCCAGAGCCAAUAUGUGUGUGUCAGGAAAAGGGCCCCGUAUGCGGCUCAGAUGGCUGGACCUACCCGAAUGUUUGCCAGAUGAGAGAGGCCGCCAGCCACUGUAAUACAACGCUCAAGCUCACUGGAAGAGGACCUUGCAACUCUGCUCCCCGUAUCCUUCAAGGCCCUAGAAACCUGUUCAACUACACCGGGAAUGACAUUGUGUUUGGCUGUGAAGUCACAGCCUACCCCCUUCCAAACCUGAGCUGGAGGAAGACAGGGAGUGACAACUUCUUGCCAGGAGAUGAUCCCCACAUCUCGGUCCAGGCUCGAGGUGGCCCCCAGCGCUACACUGUCUCUACCUGGCUUCAGAUACAGGACCUCCACAUUUCUGAUGCAGGGGUCUACUCUUGUAUCUCUCACAAUUCUUUGGGACAAACAUCUGCAUCAGCACAGCUCACAGUGUUGAGACAGGGCUCUGCUGAGGAGGAGCAGGAGUACUUCAGUCAUUUGGAAGAAGACAAUGAUGGACAUCUGGCAUCUGGAGAUUACCUGGGAUUAAUUUAAAUCAGUUUAUAUGACCAGACAACAAGGAGGCCUGAGGAAACAAAUCUAUAAACUAACAUAAAGGAUCAUUUUACAUAUUUUAAUUGAAAUUACAUGAUGUUUGUCAGUCACAGCUCAAUGCUCAUUUGUAAGAGGAAUCUCUUCAUUAUGAUUAAACAUCACAUGCUUUUAUUAAUCUUUUUAGUGUAACCUUGGCACACAAAUAAAUCACUCUUGUUAAUUGCUGUGUGGAGCAAAUUUGUAUGAUUAUAAUAACAACCCCCUAGGCUAACACUGGCAUACUACUCUAAAGGCAUAUGUGGAUGCUGUUACAGAUGUGGAUGCCAUAUCACAAACCAUAAAGCUGUAGAGCUGUAACAAGGGAAACUGCUGAUUCAUCUUCAAAACAUUUAUUUUGAAAUAAUGUGAAUCACAGAUACAAGUGACCCCUAACAUAAAGCUUCCCCCUGCUUUCACCACUUCACCCUGAAAAUAUACAGCACAUUCGUUCAUGAGAAAAAAAGAAUGAUGGAUGGAGAGAGAAAGGGUGUGACCAUCCACAGGGUCUCCGUCUGAUUCUCUUCAUCUCUCUCCACCUGAGUGCCAGUUAAUCCUCCCCUCAUCCCCUGACUCCCAGCUGGAUACACCGGCUCCUUCUGAAUGGCAAGCUGCAUUAACGCAGAGGAACUUUCCCCCGCUGUCUGUUAGUCAAAGCUGAUUGGAGAUUACGGGCCUGCGGAGAAAACACAGCCCUCCAUCUCAUCUUAAAUCACUUUCCACCCUUUUUCCUCCUUUAUCUCUCCUUCUCUUCAUUUCUUUAUCUUCUUAAUCCCAACUCUCCUCCUUUUUCAAUGUCAUCAACUUUUACUUGCCACUACAUUUUUGCCACUAUUCAGUGUUCUUUUUUGACAGCUGAAUGACAAGAAAGAUGAAGAGGAGGAAAAGGGAGAGAGAGAAAAAAAGCUUCCCCUCCUGAGUGGAGCCAGAAUGAUGUCAUGGGGGCAUUUGUCCUCCUGGUGUGGAGGCUUCCCUUCCCCUGCUAAUUACCUUGUACAAACUCGAAUCUGAUAUGGCGGAUAUGAGGCCCAAAUACAAUUAUUGUGGGCUAACAAAGAGAUAUUGAGAUUCAGGGAAUGAGGGAGAGACUGCAAGUGAGAUAGAAGGAAAGGCACGCGCACGGCCAUGCAUGCACACACACAUGCAGCAACCACAUGCACGCACACACGCUCACAUACCCACCCACACACACACAAACAUAACCACUUGUCCUUCCCCUCCAUUCCCUCAGAUAGGCUAAUGUUAUUACUGGGGUAAUUAUCCUCAUUAGUGCCAGCAGCUGUAGA